UUGAUGCCAUUCUGGCUGUUCAAAAUUGACUACAGAAAUAUAUAAAUAACCAGCCGUCGUAAAAUAAAUAAAUAAAUAACCAACAAAUUAAUCAAGCAGCCAUUGGAAUUCUAUAAUUCAUCUGUAGUCUACUACUAUUUUUGCAGUCAGUCCAUGUGCUUGAGAUUGCAUUUGCAAUUGGAGAGAUGGCAGCCAUGGCUUCCGCUCAUUUCCUCUGUAACAACCAUGUCUUCCAUCAUUCCUCCAAUUCCUUCUCCAAAAGCAACCAAACUUCUUUUAGGCCAAGUGGGUCUGUCUUAUUUCAUAAAAAACAAAGGACUCCAUUUGUCAAUGCCUCGAAGAAACAGCUAGAGAUAGUGUACGAUCCUGAUGAAAGGUUAAACAAGUGGGCAGAUGAAGUAGACAAAAAUGCUCCUCUUUCAAGGCUCACUUUGUUCUCGCCUUGCAAGAUUAAUAUUUUCCUUAGAAUAACCGAUAAGAGAGAAGAUGGAUAUCAUGAUUUGGCGUCUCUCUUUCACGUAAUUUGUCUGGGAGAUACAAUUAAGUUUUCUUUAUCUCCUUCAAAAUCAAAGGACCGUUUAUCAACCAAUGUGCCUGGCGUACCCCUUGAUGAAAGGAAUUUGAUUAUCAAAGCCCUUAACCUUUACAGGAAAAAAACAGGCAUUGACAACUUCUUUUGGAUUCAUCUAGACAAAAAGGUGCCUACUGGGGCAGGGCUUGGUGGUGGAAGCAGUAAUGCUGCAACAGCCCUAUGGGCAGCAAAUCAGUUCAGUGGUGGUCUUGCCACUGAGAAGGAACUGCUAGAUUGGUCAAGUGAGAUUGGUUCAGAUAUUUCCUUCUUUUUCUCUCAUGGAGCAGCCUAUUGUACUGGUCGGGGUGAAGUUGUUCAAGAUAUUCCUUCACCAGUUCCUUUAGACCUACCAAUGGUUCUCAUAAAACCCCAGGAAGCUUGUUCAACUGCUGAAGUUUACAAGCGCUUUCGAUUGGAUAAAACCAGUCAGGUUGAUCCUUUAACAUUACUGGAGAAGAUCUCGAGGGAUGGAAUAUCUCAAGAUGUUUGUAUCAAUGAUUUGGAACCUCCUGCAUUUGAAGUUCUCCCAUCUCUUAAAAGAUUAAAGCAGCGUAUAAUUGCAGCUGGCCGUGGACAAUAUGAUGCAGUUUUUAUGUCUGGGAGUGGGAGUACCAUUGUUGGGAUUGGUUCACCAGAUCCUCCACAAUUUAUAUAUGAUGAUGAUGACUACAAGGAUGUUUUUGUGUCAGAGGCAAACUUCUUGACCCGAGAAGCAAAUCAGUGGUACAAAGAACCUGCUUCAACUGCUACUUGUAGCACACCAUCUGAUCUUUCCCAGUCUGUUGAGUGACAUAUCUUGUGAGAAGAAAGAUAAAAACGUUUUAUUAUUAUUAUUAUCAUUUAUCAUUAUUGUCAAUCUACGCGCCAGUAGUUUUGUCCAUCUUAAGAGUAGGUGUUUAAGUUUAUUGUCAUGAACAAAUAAGAGCAAACGCUCAACUCAUAUCGUGUACUAGUUCCAGCUUAACAGGCAAAUAAUUUCGGGCAAAUUGUUUACUUUGCUAGCUGCUGCCUGCAUACCCUUUUGAAAGUUCAGGAAUUUUUGUUUUUAGGAAUGGAUAAAAUACCUUGGACAAGUUCACAGGCAGUAACAGAAGGAAAUGUUUGUCCAGUGAUUUACGUCA